AUUCACAGUACUCCGGAAUUUAGUUAUGAUUUUUUGGCUUCUCUAACCAUUAUAUAUCGAUAUCGACAAAAAAAAAUUACUUGAAUCAAGUAUACAAUAAUUGGUAAAUGUCUGGACUAACAACCUCACCAUAUAGAAAUAUCAUCAAAAUUGAAGUAUCUAUUUUUUUCAUGUCCACAUGAUGAGUAUCCUGUAUUUUAUACAUUAAUUUUCGUUUCGAAUGAAAUUCCAGAAUUCCAGUCGUAAUGAGUGGAUUCCCAACUUUAAAUCCCGAGCUUGCCGAGAAUCCUCUUAUAUAUGUCGAGUUUGAGGAUGUAUUUCCAAAAAUUUUUCCAAUCUCCGAUUUAAGCUCGGAUGUUCAGAAUAUCCCUAAUACUGACAAUGCCAUACAGCCAAAUAUUGAUGGCACUGUACAAGCAUUUUCAAGUCCACUUGAGGGGACCGAUAUCAAUACUCUCAAAGCAGGGGCUCCCUCCAUCACCAUCUGGCCAUUGGAGUGUCCCUCUGUGUCCCCCGCUACCUCAUCGUCUAAGGAGUUACCUCAUUCACAUAAUCCUGGCAAUCCAACACAUAUUCCUGCGUGUAAUCUAUCCGCACCUUCACCUAUGCCUGUGAAUGUCAAUGUCAAUCAGUUACCGCCGGCAACUGUUUCUCAACAAUUAACUCGUUCUAGUCUACAACCGAAUGUACUAAUCCAAAGACAAUUAGGAAAUGAUCAGAGAAAUUCACAAUCAGGGCGAUUACGAACUCUUUUAGAAAAAGAUAUGGCAGGAAAGGCUGUUGUAGAAAAAUACGACAAAGAAAAUUUAUUGAACAAUAAGUUACGUUCUCGACUUACACGUAUAGUUAUCAAAUUUGAAGCUGAUAAGUUCAUUAAAUUAUUGGAACUGGGACAGACAACAGAAUUCAUAAUUACCACGGAGCGAUUCAAGUACUUAGCCAAUGAGAUAGUUUAUACAUUUCCACGUGAAACCGCUGCUACUUAUUUCCAGCCAUUUGAAUCGGUAGGAGGCGAAUCAAUAAAUGCAACUGGUAAACUUUGGCGUAAUUAUUGUUAUGUAAAAGGAGUACUACGUGAUGAUGGCGUAUUGAAACCUCCAAAAGACCGAGCUACGAGCUCCACUUUAUUUGUUGUCUCUGAUUCUCUUCAAGAAAAGUUGCAUGAACUAAUUACACUCCUGGAUCCUUGGCAUAAAGUCCUACAGUUGUGGAAUGACACCCAUGAUGCUAGGUUAAAUGAGUACAUGAACGAGAAACUUUCAGUGAAAGAUUAUUUGCAAAAAUAUGCUUGCUUGCGAGUUGAGGCUGCUAGAACUUUGUUCGAUGCUGAUUUUAACAAACUUUAUCCCAAGGCUGGUCUAAGGCUAAGAGAUAAUUGGGAUAAAACAGUACCACAUUUACGUCACAGACUGUCUACUUGUAAAAAAUUGAAUGCUGAGGAGAAAAUAUUAUUGGACAGUUUGGAUACCAUCGAGAACAAUACUGGAAAUGCGAUUUUGUUGUCUUUGUUACAUCAUUUAAUUCCGAGUUGUCGACCAGGGCGUAAAAGGAAGGCUGAUACUGGUGAAAAUACACUUCCACGACGUUUGACGAAUCAAGAAAGAAAAGAGAGUUUUUUUGUGCAUUUGUUCGAUGUGCUGGAGUUAGAAGAAGUUCUACAAAAAGGACGAGAACGUACAGAGAAAUAUUCUCUUCAGCAUCAACCAAUACCCAUCGUUGUUGGGCCGCUAACACAGUGUACAGCUACGUAUGUCAUCCUGGAAAAUGAGAUCUACGAAACGUGUAAUGUUUUAAGAGCAUUCGAUUUAACUUUCAAAAUUUGCUUUGCUCUUAAUUGUGAGUAUCCACCGAAUGCUCGUCCACUGUGGAUAUUUUUACAACGAGCCUAUUACAAUAUCCAACUGCCAAAGGACAAACCAUCGACUGAAUUAACAUCACUCAUUGGCGAGGUUAAAGCUGUUAUCAACGAGCAGAGUUAAAUAACCGUGAGGAUCAUAAACCAUUGUUAUAGACGCGACCUUAGUUAUUACAAUGUUUCAUUGUUAUUUUUGUCAUCAUCUGAUUGGUAAAAAUUCAUCCUUAAGAAGCGGCGACAGUAGCUACGCGGGCGGUGUGUGACUCCGGCGAUCACCCAAGCUAAGCAACGCUCAGUUGG